AACAGGAGGAAGAGAAGGAAAAAGAAUCACCUACACUCUUACAAAAACAGGAUUUUCAGCUGAAUAAUAUACUCGAAUUUAAUGACAGUUUUGAAACUACUUUUUGCUUAAAUAAUUCUUUCGUUAGUGAAGAUAUUGAAAUGGAUACUUUCAAUGGAUCAUACAGUGAACCGACUGAGGAUAAAUCUCAAAAUAUUCAGUUAAAGAAGCGUGAUCAAGAGCGACACAAUAGUUCCAAGAUGUACGUAUUUCAUCAAAUCAUCCCCAUAAAUCUGUGGAAUUGUUAUAAAUUUUUCUAUCAGAUUGUAUUUCCGAUGAUUAUAUGUUACUUGUUCUAUCGUCUCUAUAAAAUUCAAGUAUUAAUAGGGGAACAGAUGAUAAAAUGGUACUACAGUGAAUUGAAUCGUAUCCAAUACGAAAAAGAAGACCAAAACUCAUUCAUUUUCAAAGAUAUUGAAGUGUUAAGAAAUAUACACCAAAACUUUAUGGAAAAUUAUAAUGAAGAAUUAACUAAAAUUCUCGAUCGAUUAGAAAACAGAGGCAUUUCUUUUCAUAAAAACACUAAAGAAAUGAAAAUACGGUUGCAGACACUUUCAAAGAAAUUCCAUCAGAUGGAAAUGGAAUUCGAAACGUUAAGAAAUGAUUUAGUCAACGAAUCUAAUAUUAACGAAACGAAAUACGUACGAAAAGAUAUGAGAAUCAAAUCAUCUGUGGAAAAGCGACUCGCUUUUCAUAAAGCAAUGUAUGAUAUGUUAGUCAAUCUGAAUCUUAAAUACGAACGUGUGAAGUUAAAAAUUAAAAAAAGUCGUUCCUUAUUGAGCCAAGAUAAAGAUUCUUCAAAUAACAAGAGAGAUUGAAUCUGAUCACGAAAAUUAAAAAUUCACAUC